GGGGCUGAGAGAAGGAAUGGGGGCGUGGCCUGGCCGUUGACCUGCCGGCUUUACUGUACUUUUGUUUUCUGGUUUUCCCGCAAGGUCGAGCUCCGGGGAGCUAUGGAGGCAUGCGAGCUGCCUAUGGAGGUAAGGAGCAGGGGAAGAAAAGAGGCUGCUACUAACGAUCGCACCAGCUUUGCAAGGGGAUUGGAGGGGGGCGCAGGUCCUAACUCAACACGCGUUGGUGCGCGCAGACAUGUCUACAAACACGUGUCGGCGCGUAAUUGUUUUCCUCCUGCCUGGUACUCGGCUUCACACACGCCCUCUCAUUUGUCAUAUGGAAUACUUGCCUCUUUAAUAGCUUCCCCUUUGCCUGGCGGUUUUAUUUAUUAGUAAUCUGGGAGGCUGCCUUACGCCGAGUCAGAGAACUGCUGUCCAUGUAGCUCAGUAUUGUCUGCACAGACUGGCAGUAGUUCCCUAGGAGCAGAGGCGGAUCUUUCCCAGCCCUCUCUGAUGAUGCCUGGACUUUAAUCUGGCAUCUUCUGCAUGUUGUUCUUGUUGCUCUUCAGGUACCUAGCCCGCAGCUUAUCUGUUGUAAACCGUUGUUCAGAAGCUUUAAAAGAUACCACAAGAUUGUUUGAUUUUUAAUUAACGUAGAAAAGCUGCUCCAAGGAAGUGGUUUCAGGAUGGUCAAAAGUACCAGCCACUCAGUGCUGUGCAGGGUGCUGCAAAACGAAAGAAUUUGUUUUCCCCCUGAAUUUUCCACUUGAACAGUAUUCAAAUAAUGUGGUUCUGUGUGCGUGAGAAGCAGCUUCAAUAAGGAACCAAAAUUUCCCCAAAGUAAGAUUUGAACCAUCCUGAGUCAUACAUCCCUGCCACUUGGAGACUAUUACCUCUGGGAUACUCUAGUAUUCUGCCUGGGCCACAAACUGCAGUACAGUACUCUCAACUAUGAUGCUCCUUUUCAUGUCUAUCACAGGAGAUCUAUGGCCUAGGGUGUCGCCCCAUGGUUAUUUUGGGGUGCAAAUCCCACUUCAUUUGUAGUGGCAAGAAAAUAAUUUACUUGGCAUGGAGACAUAUAUUAAUAACACAAUGUGUUCAAGCAAAGCUUUGGACCAGGUUUGAUGCUCCAGUAUUUCCUACAGAUAGAUUAUGGUUGUGGAAGUGCAUGAUAGGGAAUACACCCCACCCCCCAGUCCUUUAUUCAUAGGUGUGGCUGCAAGAAAGACUGACUGUUUUAACACACACCCCUUCUCAAAUUCAGUGUACUGUACAUACAUUUAGUAGACUGGAUUUGCCACCGAUAGUAAAAAGCAGAAGACCUUAUCACCUAUGCAAAUUAGACGUGCUCCAGCAAUUGGUAUUCACAGUGAAAAACUAGUACCUAAACUUAUUAAAUGCCUAUUAAAUCAGUGUGGUUGGAAAGGGGAGGCGAAUGAUUGCCAGAGUCAGUUUUGUAGGGAUCCUUGGUUUUAAGGAAAUAAAUUGUAGUGAACUGAGCUUAGAUCAGGGAAAAGGUUGUUGGAUCAGUAGAGAAGGACAGCAAACCUAACUUAGGACAAGUUCAUGCAUUUGAGGAAGUCACUUAUUUCUUACCCGCACUCCCUCCUGCAUGUGAACUCAUUUGGAAAAACCUGGACAAGAAGAUACAGAUUUUAUGUAGAUAUAGCUCUCAAUAUCAAGGAGCCAUUUCUGGGAUAAAUUCCAGAGGGGUAGUAAUGCUAUUCUGCUAGAAGCACAACAAGGUGUCUUUCUGUGCCAGUUCUGGAACAAGAUUAAAAGAGGUCUACAUCAGUAAUCUCAAGGAUACCUGGUGUCGAAUACUCACCACCUAUUUGAGUACCAGGUACCUUGCCCAAGAAGGAGGUCUGUAUUAGGGACUGGCUUAUAGUUACUGCAGCCCUCAGGACCCAAGGAUGACUUUUGCAGUAAUAUCCUCACAGCCACUUAUUUCAAGGCGACUGAGGCUGCCCUUUCUUGUAAAAAGCAAUUAACCACUAGAUGUUAUUAGCCAUAAUGGGCAAGGAACGAGCCAACCAGCAGCUGCUGUAUGUCUCACAGCAGCAUGUCCACAGCCUGAGGUCUUAGUAACUAAAACUCAUCCAAUAAAACAUGACCAGCUUCCGUAGAUUCUACUACAGAAUUAGCUGUGCUCAAGUAGAAAUGAAUGUGAGAAAUUUAUGAGAAAUUCUUUCCUUUAAAUGUUUAGCAAACAUGUCACGGCAUGCGUUCAAGGGUUCCUUCCGUAUUGUCAAAUGCUCCUGGAACUGUUAUGAGAAUUAUAAGGUCUAAGAUAUAAAAUAAAUGUUCAUAAAUGUACCAGGCAAACACAUACAUAAAUAUAUAAACCUCAUGUCUGAAAUAGUACAGGAAAACAGUCCUAAACCAUUUUGACUCUUUCAGUGACCUCAAAUAUUCCUCUGCAGUUUGGAUGGAAAUAGGAAAAGCCUCCCCAUUGUCUCUGUGCUCACAAAUCCUGCUUUAAGGGCACAUUUGUGUAUGAAUAGGGUGAGUCUGUGACCUGGACUCAGGAAUUAAGUAUUUUCAGUAUCAUCACAAAAUAAUGGCCAGGCUGUCCAGGUAAACCCAUUAAGAGGUUUCCUGCCAGACAGGAUUCUGCUGUAGACCGCCCCUUCUGUGAUAGGCUGCCCCUUCUGUCAUGUAUGUAUGAUGUAUUGAGGGGGGUGGUCUUGAGCUACAGGGCUUGCACACCAUUGUUCUGGGUUCCUCCUCCCUCCUGCAUUGAGGGGUGAGCACCCUGUUGCAACUGUUAAUAAAAAUCAUGCUUACUAGCUGCUUUGCUUCUCAAUAUUCUCUGGUUGGCCUCUGUUAUUUUCUCCUACUGAUAGAGAACCUACAUAAGGACUCUAUACGGGCUCUUGGGUACUCCAUAAGGGAAAAGGAGCAGUUUUUCUUAUAGCAAAACACAAUGAUGAUGUUUGAAGGGCUGGCCUGUAUGGUUUCCUUUAAAAACUGACUUCAGUGGGAGUUCACUUUUCCAGUGUGGUAAAAAAUUUGAAUGGUGGAAGUCGCUCUAAAGAGGAUAGAAAGAGAUGAUGAAGAAAAUAGCUCAACUAAUAGGUAAAGACCCCAAAUGGUGUCUUUUAUCAAUUUUUGAUGAGUUGAAUACGUACUUAAAAUGGGAACUACUUAUAUUUUUUCUGUUUGUAACUUCUCAUUUGGCCAUAUCCCAGGGCUGGAAGGAAUCCUCACGUUUUUCAUUAAAUAUUUGGUUUAGUAAAGUAAUAUUUACCCUUAUUUCUGGAAAAUUAGCUCAUAAAUUAAGGGUAUUUCAGGAUGCAACUAAACCUAUUGAUUUCACCGCCAUUUGGUGGCCAAUUGGUAUUUAUAUGACAAGUAAGUUAGGGGAAGGCAAGUCCAGAUGAAAUAUGGUUUUAUUUGGUAUCCAUAACUUACAUUUUGUAUUAUCUUUGCAUCAGGCCAGUUUUUGUUUUAACAUCUAAUAUAUUGUGUAGUCUUUUGAGAAUGUACAUUAUUUUAUGUUAUUACGGCUAUGAACCCAGGGGUUCUUAUGUACAGUUUUUCUUUUUACUCUUUUUGUUAUUUUACUUUAUUUUACAUUUUUUACUGGACUAUUAUUUUAACUUCAUAAUAAAGUUUUGUUUUUUGUUUUUUAAAUGCUGUGUAGAGGGCAAUUACAAUUGUUUAAAAAACAUAAUCUCUGUGGACAAAAGCAUACCAACAACACAGUUUCAAGGUGGAACAGGUUUUUAAAACACAGAUUAUAGCUUGGGUAGUUUUUCAGUUUGUUGUUGUUUCCACCUAGGAAUCCUUUUGGGUUCAAGCAAGCUUUGUGUAAGCAAAUCUUGUGGUUGGAGGGAGAAGAGGGGCAUGAACGAGAGACAAAAAGACAGACUGAUAAAAACACAGAAUAGUUUGGCAGCUUUAACAUUUCUGUUUAUCAGAGAAACCACCAUGUCUCAGAAAUUGAUUUUUCAAUUUCCACCUCAUUAAAGAGAUUUUACUCCCUGGUCUGAAAAUUAUUAAUCUUUUCUAAAAAGAAAAGGAGGGCAACCGCAGCAACAUCCAAAGAAGGGCAAAAUAUAUGUUGGCUUCUCACUGGUACAUAAAAGAGAAUUUAUAGACUCAAAAAGCCCAAUGCAUCCAGUCAAAAUGCCUUCUUCAGGGAUGGCAAUUACACGUUUUCCUGUUUCAAUUUUGUACGAUCAACUCCAAGUCAAUCAUUGACUGCUUUAAUAGCCUUAUAAUAUGCGACCUUGACAAGGGUCAGUAAUGCCUGGGUUUUUAUAGAUGAGUUGAAUUGAAAAAGCAGACAUUGCCACUUGCAGAAUACUUCCUUCACGCAAGCAGGCAAAAGAGUCUGCUCUUUCAUGAUGAAUACCUGCCCUCCCUCCCUUCUUCUUUGGCGAUCACUUGUAGCCCUUAACAGUGUGUCUGUAAGUGACUGUGGAGGCCAAUUCUGGAUCCACAUGUCCUUCCACAGUGGGGAAAUAGGUUUACGGACGGGAGUUGAUCACGGUGAGGAUUUGCCAAACGUGCCUUCCUCUUAGCUCGUUUCUCCCUUUUGCAUCUUCAGCUUUGUUAAAGGCUAUUCUCGAAUUUUGAGCACUCGCAGGCCAGUGUUUCCCAAUUAUCAGUGCUUAUACUUCAUUUUUUAAGAUUUACCUUGAGAGUGUCUUUAAACCUCUUUUGUUGUCCACUGGCAUUCCGCUUUCCAUUCUUAAGUUGGGAAUAGAGUAGUUGCUUUGGAAGACGAUAAUCAGGCAUCCGAACAACAUGACCAGUCCAACAAAGUUGAUGUUGAAGAAUCAUUGCUUUGACACUGGUGAUCUUUGCUUCUUCCACUGACAUUCGUUCACCUGUCUUCCCAAGUGAUACAUAAAAAUUUCACUUUACCUACUAGCUUUACCUCCCUUCCAACCUCUUCCUCAACUCAGUUUACCUCAGACUUCCCAUAUUCCAUAAGCCAAUGAAAUGAUGUAAUGCUUCCUUUUCUGUGGUAAAAACAUUGCUCAUUUAUCUCGCAUAUUGGAAGAAGGAGCAAGCUUGUUUUCUCCUACUCUGGAGGGUAGGACUCAAACCGAAGUUACAAGAAAGGAGAUUCUGACUAAACACCAGGAAGAACUUUCUGACAGUAUGAGCUGUUUGACAAUGGAACGGCCUCCCCCAGGAGGUUGUGGUCUCUCCUUCCUUGGAGGUUGGAUGGCCAUCUGUGAUGGAUGUUUUAGCUGAGAUUCCUACACUGCAGAGGGUUGAACUAGAUGACCCUUGGGAUCCCUUCCAACUCUACAAUUCUAUGAUUCUAUCAGCCAAAUAGCACAGAUAUUUUCUUCCCACAUAUUGUAGAAAUGUUUUUGUUCCGCCCAGUAAUUUGCCAGAUCUUGCUCCAUUAAUUUCACAAUUACAUCCCCAUUUCUUCUCUCUAAUCAGAUAUAAUUAUGUUGCACAGAAAGGAUAUGAGCUGGAUGGCCAGAUAUUUUUAAGUAAGGUACUGGGGAGGCCAAAGGCUGCAAACCCAUCUGUCAGGGGUUCAGGGAGAGAGGCACAGGGUAGGCAGGAGAUGGAGAGCGAUGGGGAUGAAUCCCAAGCCAGCGAGGAAGAGGAUGACAAUGACUCAAGAGAUUCCAUGAGUCUUUCCAGCGAAUCAGAGGAUUCCCAGAAGGGGGCGCCGGUGGUCAAGGCCAGGGGAGCCCCAGGGGGGAUGUGUCAGGAGCAGGGGGCCAGCGGAGGAUCCCAAAGUGGCAGCUGGGCGUCAGGACCAGCCUCCCCACCAGAGUGCAGUGAAGGGGGUGGAGUUUCCAGUGUAUCAGGGGAAGCAGCUCCGGCAGCAGAGAAGGGAGGGAGGUCAGAGCAAGCCACCCUCCUAGAAGGGGAGGGGAGCAGUGAAGGGAGUAGUGUAACUGUCAAAAGCAAAGUUAGAGGUUUGGCGCGCGCGCCAAGUUCAAAUGUAGAGGCGCGCGGAAGUACAGGGAGCCCGGAGGAGGGGCCAGGUCCCAAAGCCCGCAGGAGGGGGGAAGAGCAGUCUGAUUCCGCGUCAGAGGAAUCCAGGAGGGGCGGAACCCCAGCGGUCAGAAGUACCCUGCGUAAAUGUAUAGUGAGAAAGAGGUGGAGCCGCUCAAGCCUCUUAAAUUGGUGAAGGGAGGGACGGAUUCAGAGGGGACUUCAGCGGUCUAAGCGUAGCAGACGUAGGGCUGCGCGCCUAGGAUGUCAAGCAAACAAUGAACUGCAAUAAACACUUUUGCAUAUAAGAAGACAUAGGCGUUGGUCUUUUGUGAGCUGAGACUUGAGGCAGCCCUGACACCAUCUUAACCGUUUCAGUAGCUGAAUUAGUAUCCUCUUGUGUCCACAAAAACACAUGGGAAUCUUGAUUAAAAUUGGCCUUUCUUAUUCCUUGCAAUUUAAAUUGCCUUUUUAAAAUUGGCGUGCCCUUUUGUUGAAAAACAAGCUUGCACUCAUUGUCAAGGCUUUUUUCUUUCUUCCUUGCAGAUUAUCACUUAUAUCCUGAGUUUCCUGCCCAUCGCAGAUAGGAAAGAAGCCUCUCUAGUGAAUCAAACAUGGUAUUUCGCAGCCCAGGACACCUUACGCCAGGUAACAGCUUCUUGCUUUGGUGUCUUACCCAUACUUCCUCUGUUCUUACAGGGCUGCCCUGUGGGAGAGUCAUAGCCCCAUUUCAGACAUAAUGCUAAGCCACAGGUCACCUCCAGACUGUCUGUAAUUUGCGGGAAGGAUUCAAGCACAAUACCGGAAAUUUAGGUUUGCGUCAUUAAAGUGGAUUCAAGUAUUCUGUCACUGUACUGUAACUGAUCCACUUUUAAAAAACAAUGGCAGUAGACUUUUGUAGUUAGGAAGUGAUGGGGAAUUGCACGGAAAAGAGUAGGGUAAACAAAUAAUACACGCCAGGGAAGAUGCUGUUGUGCUCAGGUUCUGCUUUCAGACUUCCCAGAGGAAUCUGAUUGGCCUCUGUAAGAACAGGAUGCUGGACCAGAUGGACCACAGGCCUAAUCCAGCAGGGCUCUUCUUAUGUUCUUGGGACCUUCUAUAUGCAAAGCAGGUGCUCUGCCACUAAGCCAUGGUCCUUCCUCAAAGACAGGCUCAUCCAUCCACAAGUCCCCUCAAGAGCAAUAUACACAACACAGGCUACACUGGAGCUGCUACAACAAAAGAACACAAACAAAAAUAGAUUGAGAGAGAUUUGUCAUACUUUCUUUCCUCUGACCCUUACUCUAAGGAGCUCAGGGCAGUGAAUGUUGGUUUUUUUUAACCUCACAAUAGUCCUGCAAAGUUGAUUAGGUCAAGAAAGAGCAGGUGUGUCUUGCCCUGGCCAUCCCAGGGUACUUCUUUUGCUAACUGAAAAAAAUUUGAAGCCAUGUCUCUUGGUCCAUAUCUAAAAGCUCACCAUGUGGUCCCUCUCAAAUUCCAGGAAAGCAUAUUUUAUAACAUCCCGGCUACCUCUGCCUCGCUCCGGACAAUCCAGAAUCUGUCCCGAAGGCACGUGUGCAACGUCAGGAUGACCAGCUUGGACGGCUCCACCACUUCCCGGGACAUCAUCAAGUUCGUUGCCAGCUUCCUGGGGCCUCACCUGCGCAGCUUGUGCCUGCACGGGAGCAGCCUUACGGAGGCCAACUUCAGUGAGCUCCUUCUUGCUUGCCCCUGCCUCACAGCCUUGGAUCUGAGCGGCUGCAACAGCCUUUUUAUGUCCGGGACCCUGCUCUCCAAAGAGGAGACCUUCCUGCAAGCCCAAGAAACAUUGAUCAACCUGCAGGAGCUGAACCUGUCCGGUGUGCGAUAUUUGUCUGACCUCACCUUCAACCGCUUGACCAGCUGCUGUCCAUCCCUGGCCAAGCUCUCCCUUGCCCGCUGCCACAUUACCUUCGAGGUGGACACUUACUACGGCUCUAGUAACUACAACUCCUCGGCUUUGCUGUCUUUCCGCAACCUCCUGCACUUCGUCCGGGAGCGAGCCAGCACCAUGAAGGCCUUGAACUUGAGUGGCACCAGUAUCUCGAGCCAGGCUAUGAAGUCCCUGGUGCAGGUAGAGAACCUUUGCCUGCAGGAGAUGGUGCUGCAGGCCUGCCGGGAUCUAACCAAUGAGGCUGUGAGCAUCCUGUGUCAGCACCAGCCCCACCUGACCGUGCUGGACCUGAGUGGCUGCUCUGAGCUGUCUGACCGGGCUGUCCUUGUCAUCACCUCCCGGCUCCUGUCCCUUCAGCACCUGUGUCUGGGAAAGCUGCCACGUGUCACCGAUGCCGGCUUCCAGGGCAUUUCACACCUGAAGCAGCUCCAAAGUCUGGAUGUUUCUGAAUGCAGCCUCAUGAGGUGCAGUGAGCUGGUGAGAGCAUUUGGGACUGUGAAGGGACAGCCCAAACUGGUCUCCCUGAACGUUGCCUUCUGCUCUUUACUACGGGUAAGUUCUAAGGCGUUGGUUUGUUAGUUCGCAGCCUUUUACCAGAUGUUGCUCAAUUCUCUACGAUUCUCAGUGGUUUCACAAUCAAUUCCUCUUCCGGGGAACUCUGGGAUGGGAAUGAGGGGUCUCCUAACAACUCUCAGUACCUUUAACAAACUACAGUUCCCAGGAUUCUUUGGGGGAAGCCAUGACUGUUUAAAGUGAUAUGAUACUGCUUUAAGAGUAUAGUGCAGAUGGAGCCUCUGUGAGGGGUAAACUAGUUCCCAGAAUUCCUGGCUGGAAGUGGGGAUGUGCUUUGAACGUGUGGUGUGCAUGCAGCCUUCAACUAAACAUUCCCCCCCCCCUCUUCCGCAGGACAACUUGGUCCUUUCACUGGCUGAAAGCCUAAAGAGCCUUCGGGUUUUGGAUCUCUCUUCCUGCGUGUCCAUCACUAACAGAAGCAUCCAAGCAAUCGCUUCACACCUCUUGCUCUUGAGAGUCCUGCGUUUGGCUUGGUGCAAGGAGCUGACGGAUUGGGGCCUGCUGGGGGUUGAGGAGCCCAGAGAGGAGCGUGAACGUGCCAGAGAGGUUUGAGUAGACAUUUUUCUGGUUCGGUGACCUGGGAGUGGGGGAAAGGGAAAUAUUGUGCAAUGACAGUAUCUUUGAUACUCCGAUUAUUGUUGAUGUUGUUUCCCUCCCUUUUUUCCCCAAAGAGGCCCAUAAUAAGAAGCUGUUUCCUCUUAAUCCAGUGCUUAAUUUGUUCUUCUAGCUGGGAGAAGGGCAGGGAAACUGGUCAGAUCUGCUUCUUGCUGCCUCUCUAGAGGCCAGGAGCCCAACUUGUAACUCUCUUGCCUUUACUGGACUAAUAAAGAGAUAGCUGAGGUUGGACCUACUGGCAGAGGCAACCUUCUGUCCUGGAAUAGGGGAGCACAUUGUCUGUGGUGAACAGAGCUUCAGAGAAGAGACUGGUAGCUUGUCCAGAAGUUGCUCCUUUCCAAGGUGAAACCUUUGCCACAGUCCAGAUGCAGCAGUCUACAUACCUUGCCCCGUGCUGAGCUGCACAGCUUGCAGCCACUAGAAGCCACCCUGCAGUUUUAUCUUCCUGUCAUCACGGCAGGAGCCUUCCAAAGGAAAAGGUACCUGCUUUCUCAGAACCAGCGUGGAAAACUUUGCCCAGUUCAGAUGUGGAAAGUGCUGGUGGCUGUUUAUCAGUUUUCUAAGUUGUAGCACUCAGCUGUUCCUAGUAUUGACACUAUUUUGGUUUAAUCCCAAGAACAGCUAUUCUGGCCUGCUGGCUAGUUAGGCGGCCUCUGGGUACUCAGUGUCUGGUUUUGCAGAGGUGACAAGUGACACUCACUCACCCAAGAUUAAUCAAAAGUCUGUGAUCUAUUAUUCAUUUUGAAUCUUUUUUAUGGUCCCACGGCAACUGAAGCAGAGUGUUCUUUCUGGCAGGGAGGGCAGAUAGAGAUUGCUGCUGCUGCCACUUCUCUGGCCAAUGGGUGGGGCCAGACUGAUCUUCCAGAUGGCCAGGAUCCUGUUUCUGCAGAGCAGGGGAUAUAACCUCCCAGUGGCCAGGUAGUUCUUCCCUUGUGCUUUGCUGUCUCGGGGGCAAUUCAAGGCAAAGAGAAGGAAGCAUUUCACAGAACGCAAAAUAUAAAGUGUUCAGUGAAACUAUUUACAUGAUGCCCACAUGAUAGAUUGCAUUGGGGUGGGGUGAGUUUAUCGGUCAAGGAUUCAGUGGAGGCUGGUUCAUCAGGGCAAAUGGGGCACUGCCCCCCCCCCAACUCAGUCUGCUCUCAGCCUUCAGUUCAGUUUUGUCAGCCACCUCCUCCUUAGUCGCAUUGUUGCCGUUGUAGAGCUCUGCAGGCAAAACUAGAAUUACUUGGCUCUGCCUCCACCUAUAGUUUGUUUAUUUUUAUUUAAGGCAUUUCUAUACCACUUAUUAUUCGUUAGCAUUUCUAAGUGGGGUUGGCCUUUCUGCCUUCCUCCCAACCAGCCACACUACAAGGGCUAUUAACUAGGACAGUAGAAAUGGAUUCCCCCAGUUUUGAAAGUAGUUUGCCUUUUAUUCUUAGACAAACAGAAAAUGACCUUCAGAUUCAUAUCGAGCUUGUGAGCCUCCUUGGUGAAUUAUCGUAAGCAGAACGUUGGGAUUAGUUGGCUCUUUGGUUCCUGUUGUUUCGUGGCCCCCUGCUGCUUAUUGUGAAGUACAGCACACAAGAAACUACAGGCUGCAUGAGCCUUGGGAGGCUGUUUAAACAGAGGGGCCAGGAGCUACUUUCACACCACAGCCUUAGUCUUCACUGUGUAACAUCUGUUUCAUCUUAGUUUACUCAAAUCCACAGCACUGGUCCUCACCUGUGUCUCCCAGAUAGGAAACAGAGAGUCUCAAGAUGGUCCCAGCUUCCUUUUAAUCCCUCAUUCUGUUGCCUUGACAGAAGGAUGCUGGCCCAAAGUUCAGCAGGAACUUUGGCAACAUGGGAUUUUUCCAACCACCUCCACAGGAUUUGGAGCAGGACACCCAGAUCCUUAUUGACAUCGGCAAGCAGGAUGCUCAGCAGAAGCACAAAGCCUCCUUGAAUGCCCUGACUCGUCUUCAGGAACUUGACCUGACAGCCUGCACAAAACUCACAGAUGCAAGCAUAGCUAAGGUUUGGACACUGCAGCUUGCAAAUACAGACAGCUAUGGGGAGACCAUCGCUUAGUGGGAGAGUAGGUGCUUUGCUAGAUGGGACACAUGAUCCGGCCAUAGACAAAUUCCUAUGAAACAGAGUGUUCUUGCAAAAGAAACCAUCUACAGCCUUGGCUUCAGGGUAGCAGGAGUACCACCAUAAGAACGUCAAAAGCCGCCUUACUCAAGAGUCAGACCAUUUGCCCCUCUCGGUCAGUGUGGGGUGGGGAACUUGUGGUUGUUCAGAUGUUCUUGGGCUACGAACUCCCAUCAGCUCCAGCCAGCACACCAUUUGGAGGGCCACAGGUUCCCAUCCCUGGUCCACACUGACUGGCAGCAGCUCUCCAAGACUUCAGGCAUGAGUCUUUCCCAUCUUGAGAGUCUUUCUUUUCUGACAUAAGAUUGUCAAUGAUUGCAUCUGGGACCUUUGGAAUGCAAAUCAGAUGCCCUAGUAAUACUGAGCUGUGUGCCCUGCCCUUUCAGUGGCACCUGUUCAAAUUAAACAUCUAUGGAGCACCAACAGUACAGGCCAUGGGAGGGAUAUAAUGCUUCCAGGUAGACUGACGUUAGACAGGCAAGAGCAGAAUGUGUGGGUAGUGAGACGUCAGUGAGUAGAGGGACCGGCCACACAACCAUGAGAGGCUUUAGAGAAGAGGGUUUUGAAAAGUGGGUCACGGAGGAAGAGGAAGUGGUUUGAGACACAGAUGGAGAGAAAAUUGUCAAGGCAUAAAAAAAGUGGGAGGAUUAAACGGGUUGGCAACAGGUCACACUCUGCAGAAAAUCCAAAAAGGAAUGCAAGGAACGUCACAGGAUAUGUAAUCAGUUUGGUUGGAGGGAGAGCUUUAAAGUCCAAGCUCCUACUUCCUUCUCUUAUAUGAGACCUGACCAAGCUACCCAAAACUCUCUGCCCAUUAAAAACUAGCGUGUCAGGGAGAACGGUUCCAAGCAGUUGUCAUCUUUCUGAUGUGGUUGUUUUCUACACACAGAGAGGCUUUGACCUGGGAGAGCAUUUGUACACAUGUGGUUCCAUCCGCAACUGCAUUUUGAAGCGGUACACUCCAAGAAGCCUGCAACUUGCUAUCUUUCUGAGCAUCUUGUUUAGCCCCCAGAAUGGCUCUGAAAGAAGUUCUCUUCCUCAGUUGCUACACGCUGCAGUCUACAUGUUCACUUUCUUGGUGUGGAGCUCCACCCUGAAUGGUUUUGGGCAUGGCCAAUGGCAGAGCAAAAGCUUUUACAGCCAUUGGGCAAGGAUGCUCUUUUGGGCACCCUUCAUCACAGUGCCCAGACAGGGCCACCCAACUUCCUGUCCUUGUUCUUUUAUUCCUCCUCAGGUCAUUGGCUUUCCCGAGCUGCAGCGGCUGUCCCUCAGCCUUGUGACCAACAUCACAGACACCAGCCUCACAGCCAUCGCUCAAAACUGCCGGAGCUUGGAGCACCUCACGCUAAGUCACUGCACAAACCUUACUGACAAAGGUUUCAUGGAAGCAGCUGGCUCCCUGCACCGACUUCAGCAUCUCAUCCUUUCUGGUUGCAACCAGCUGACUCCCAGGUGAGUAGUUCUGCAGAGUGCAAAGAUCACUGGCAGGUGGAGAGAGAGGUAAAGGCAAGCCAGAGGCAGGCCUUUGAAAGCUCCUUCAAGGCCUGGCUGGUUGGCUAGGAGGAACCAAAAGAGAGGCAGAGACAAAUCAACAACUGGUGAACUCUCCUUUGCAGGACGUUGAAGGCCAUUGGGCAGGAGUGCCAGCAACUGAAGAGCUUGGACGUCUCCAUGUGCAGCAAGAUCAGCAUGACAGACGUUGAGCAUUUCCAGUCGCAACUCCCGCUGCAGAGUCAGACUAGCAUCCAGUCACGGUUUGUGGGUGGAGCAGACCUUUCCAUCACUCUCUGAUGCAAGCUUUGUAGGUUGAGUUCCCAGAGAUAAAUGGCGGUCAAGCUGGCUCUCCCUCCCCACGCUGCCUCAAUGGCAAUAGGGGACUUGUCUUGGGAAACAGCUCCUGUCUUGGUAGUCCCACUGGCCUACUGUUAAAUGCAGCUGCACCACUGCCACUGAGUGGGUCCAUAAAAUGGACCGAUUCUUCCUAUAGAGGGGGCAUCCUCACACAAGCCUGCCUCAAUGGAGGAGCUGGCUGUUGCGCAAGCCUCCCAUCACCCCCAUUCCGCAAGCAGAAUGGGGAAGUGCACCUUGGGCUUUGGAGGGAUUGCCUGGAGCACAGCAGAUCCCACGCUAGCAGGAACAGUAACCAGCAGCCAUAAGGCAAGACAGUAAUGGCUGCUGAUGUAAUCUUUGGCACAGCCAGUGCCAAGCACUUAAUUUGCACCCUUGCUUUCAGCAGCUGCAACAUCCCUGUCAGUGAAAGGGAUUUUUAAAAAAUCAGCUGGAAAAUUGCAUCUAGGGAGACUUCUUUCCAGGUCCCCCUGGUACACAGCUGCUAGUUUUAGAGGCACACAUGGAGACAGUGGGAGGUCACUCCCACAAAAGCAGUCCAUGGCAUAUUCAGGCACCAAAACUUUUCCUCUUGUGCAUUCCUGCAAACAAUAUAAAGGUGAGAAAGCCACUGCCCUGCCAGCCUCCCACUCAUCUUUUCGAAAAAUGCACUAUGCUUAUGCACCAGGGUUUUCCAUAAACAUCACCAAAGCCACUGCACUAAUAAAGGACUUUAGUAUCUGUUUUACAUACUUUGGAUUUUAAAUGAAUGGAGACGGCAG